AUGGCGCUGGAACAAUUUCCCCUGCAUUCUCCUUUCCGUGCGACUCCUGCGAAUGAACAUGGACGUUAUCUGGAAAUGAAUAACCACUACUGACAACCAGGAUUGCUUGAGUUGAUUUGAAAUAUUCUGGCUAAGCUAAAUGCUAGCUAGUUAACCAGGUAGACCUCUUUCAAUUCACUGGAACAGAGACACAGCCUCAGAAUGCCAUAUCUGUAUAUCAUUAUUUUAGGCUACUGGAUGACGUUGAGGCGACUAGAGGCCUUCGAGAUGAGAAAGGUUGAUCUGGGAGGUACAAUGGAAAUUGAGUGCAAUAUUUCCUUCCAUCAUGACAUUACUUGGUUAAAGCUGAACGAUGGACAACCGCCUAUUGUGUUGAUGGUUACUUCGGUCACAGACAGAGAGAUAACUGUUGUUUAUCAAGACAAACAUCAUGUGAACAGUAUGGCCCGUGUUAAGAGAAGAAUUGUGGCAAUGACAAUCACAAAUAUUCAAAUCAAUGACCUGGGUCUAUACUACUGUACAAGGGUAAAGGACAAAGUGUUGAUGUUUGGGACAGGAGUACAUCUAUAUGCUUUUGGAAAUAAAAUGGAACCACCAAAUUCGAGCCAAAGUUAUAACAGAUCAGUGCGCUCUGUACAUUGUGAACAAGUAGGACCUGCACUGCCCUCCACUGGUGCUCAUCUCUCUCCCUUUGGCUUGGUCUACAUGGUUGUGUCGGGCUGUGGGCUGCUUGCAAUGACUGGAGCUGUAAUUGUUGUUCACCUCCAAACCAAGAAAGAGCGAGUUCACUGAAAGGAAAGGUUCCAUAUAAUGUGCAUCAUUUAUUCAAAGUGGACAAUAUCAUACAAUACUUUAUAUUUUCUUACUGACACCUGUACUGCUAAAUCAUAAUCAUUGCUAAAAACUAUAGGCCUAAAUAUGUGAGCCAUAUUAAAUAUGAAGUAAUUCUAUAUUAUUUGCCAUAGUUUAUGGUUUUACUAUACAUAAAAA